CCACCGAGGGCAAAGUUCUCCAGUCGGAUCCUCAGACAUCAGACCAACGAGCACAGCAGAGGCCAGAGACCAGAGGCCAGAGACCAGAGACCAGAGGCCAGAGACCAGAGACCAGAUCCUCCAGAUCCUCAUCCAGUCCGACCUCCACCCUUCUCCGUGACCCCACCAUGUCGACGGCCAUGGAAGCGACCGGCUUCGCCAUGUGCCUCGUCAGCUGGCUGAUCACUGGCGCCGCGCUGGCCAACGACUACUGGAAGAUCUCCACGGUGUCCGGCAGCGUCAUCAUCUCCCAGAGGCAGUUCGAGAACCUGUGGCACGCCUGCGCCGAGAACAGCGCCGGCAUCGCCGAGUGCCGGGACUUCGAGUCGCUGCUCGCCCUCCCAGCUCACAUCCAGGCGAGCCGCGCCCUGAUGAUCAUGUCCCUGCUGCUCGGCCUCGCCUCCAUGAUCGUGUCUCUGCUCGGCCUGAAGUGCAUCAAGAUCGGCUCGGCCACCGACCAAUCCAAGGCCAAGGUGGCCAUCAGCGGCGGCGUGCUGAGCAUGCUCGCUGGGCUGUGCUGCAUGACCUCCGUCUCCUGGUACGCCUACCGGGUCGUUCAGGACUUCCACAACCCGUUCUUCGGCGGCGUGAGGUUCGAGCUGAGCACUGGGCUCUACAUGGGAUGGGGCGGAGCCUUUCUGGCCAUCCUGGGUGGAGGCUUCCUCUGCUCCGCCUGCAAGAGGAUGAAUCCUGAAGGAAAGAAAAGCGGCUUCUAUGGAGCCAAGGCCCCGAGGAUCUACACGGCGACAGCCAAGUCCGAUCCAGAUUCAGGCCGAGCCUACGUCUGAACGCACGUCAGGACACUUAAAUAUAAUAAGGACAUGUGUACUGUGUCUUUAACCCUUGUGUUGCCUUAGGCUCAUGUUGACCCGAAUCAAUAUUACACCCUCCCCCCGCCUUAGGAUUAAUUUGAGCCCAUUCAAUGUUUAAUGUCGGUGUUCUUUCGGUAGUCAACAAACAAACAUAAAGUGCCUCACACUUAAACUUGGAAAACAAUAUUAAUUCUAAUAAUUUUCCGGAGGUUUUAAUUGCUGGCGUCAAAUUGAACCCAAAGGGUAAAAUAUGUUAGUAAAUAUAAAGGUAA